UUUUCAUACUCUCUCCACAGGAGCCAGAAACGACACGAAACGCGAUCUCGAAGCGGCUCUGCACUAUCAUCCUGAGGUCAGUUGUGUUCACCAGGCCUUGAAGGAGGUGCUGAGCCGUUCGCCAUCUUUGAUAUGUGCCUCCCAGCUGUUUUACAGAGACGACAUACAGCUAAAGGGCACAUUCGUGCAACAGUCGGAGCGUCUGUAUGGUAUCGAGCCGAUGGUGCUGACCAGGAACGUGAGCCAGAACGUGAGGGUCAUCAACGCAUGGAUCAAACGACACACUGGUGGCAAGAUUACCGAGCUGGUCAACGAUAUCACCGCAGAUACCAAACUGAUGCUGCUCAACGCUGUCUUCUACAAAGGCACCUGGAAAACCAAAUUUAGGAAAGAGGACACAAAGGAAGAAAUCUUCUCCGUGUCACCAGAGAAAAAGGUGACCGUCCCAAUGCUCCAUCAAGCGACUUACCCACUGGUGGCCAUUUUUCACCCAGAGCUAAAUGCCAAGGUUGCCAAGUUCCAGAUGUUUGGGAAGAGCAGCCUGAUUGUGAUGGUGCCCAUGGACAAUAGCCAGACCGUACAGCAGUUUGAACAGGCCCUAACCCUUCACAAACUGCAGGCCACCAUCGCCAAACUCCAGCAGGCCAAGUUCAAGCCCAUCAGUGUCCUGAUGCCCAAACUCAAGCUGAAAUUCAACCAGGAUCUCAUUCACCCUUUCAAUGACAUGGGGUUGCAGGAUGUCCUUGUGAUGCCCAACUUGUGUGGCAUGAGCUCGGACCUGUUGGAGAUCUCCGGGGCUGAACACCAGGCAGCGCUCACCCUGGAUGAAGACGGCGUGGAGGCAGCUGCCAUCACCGCGUUGUCGGUGGCACGCAACGUGGUCAUGUUUGAGGUCCAACAGCCCUUCCUUUUCUUCCUGUGGGACGAUGAGCUCGGCUUCCCGCUCUUCAUAGGCCGGGUCCUGGACCCCUCCCAGUGAGAGAGAGUCAGAGAGAGACGAACGUCAACCACCA